AGUCGACAUGUGGAACCCCGUCGCUGUGCUCGCCAUACUCCUGGCGGCUGCUCCUGCGAGCGUGCUGUGCACUGAUGCCGCCUGCUCCCCCGAAGAAAUGGAUGAUCCACAGAUCAAAUGCGCAUGUGUCCUGAAAGGGUACGGUUCAGAAGAGGACAAAGCGCAGUGUUUGGGACUCGAAACUGUCGAGGGACGCCAGCUGGAGCGAGUGAAGCGGUGGAUCUUUCGAGAAUCCAACAGCAACACAGGCCAGUGCAACAACCAGAACAACACGGUGUCCUGCGCGGAGACGUCUGCCAACGAUGGAACACAUCAGCAGCGGCCCAGUUUGGUGGACCGGGUUUGCGAACCCGGGAGGAUCUUCAUGCAGGACUGCAACACCUGCCAGUGCAACACCCAAGGCACCGCAGCUAUCUGCACGCAGAAGGUGUGCCACGAAAACUGCCGUCCUGGAAGCAUCAAGUUCGUUAACUGCAACGUCUGCUUGUGCCACGGGCACAAGUGGAAGUGCACCAACAUGAACUGCCCGCCAGAGCGAAAUCCGACGCUCUGCCCAUCAUCAGCGAUCAACGAUCACCCCGCCUGCAGACAAGGACGGAGAUACAAGAGAGAACUACGAACAGAAACAUCCACCAAGUCCUACGUGUGCUUGGGCGAAAAGUCUCAUCUCAAGAACUGCAACACUUGCAGACCGCCAGGCUGCCAGCCAAAUGUAGGCCAACCAAAACCCUUCACUACAACAGUACGAACGCCGCCAGUCUGCCUACCAGAGAAGUCGUACCUGAAGAACUGCAACACCUGCCGCUGCCCCGAUGGCUCAGGCUACCCCUGUAACUCGGGCAAUUGCCAGCGGGGCGUGAUGUUGAAGCCGGCCAGUCUGUGGCCUAGUCUGAGGCGCAGCGCCCAGCGGCGCCAGCCACAGCCAGAACUGGAGGAGGUCGACUACUCACAGACACUCGUUAAGGGCCGCGCGCAGCUCCAGAGCGCCGAGCAGCGCCAGCCACAGCGAGAACCGGAGGAGGUCGACUACUCACAGACACUCGGUUUCCGAAGGAAGCGAAGCCCCCAGAUAUCUUGGAGAGAGCGACCUCGGCCAAGAUGCGUGUCUCUCGCACAGAGAGGUGUAAGAGGCCACAACCAAGCGACUCUGUGCGUGCCAGGAACGAGCUUCAUGCUGAGAUGUAACAGAUGUAUGUGCAGACAGUCCGGCAGGAGCGCAGUUUGCACCACAUUCAACUGUGUCGAGAGAGUGAUGGAAGUGUGUACACCUGGGAGUGCGAAAACAAUUGACUGUAACAUUUGCAUCUGCAGUCCUCAAGAGAAAUGGGUGUGUACUCAAAAGCAAUGCAAGUCAGAACAAGGCGGUGCGUCCCAUUAUCCUCAGGAGGACUGCGAAACAGAAUCAGAAGAGAUUGGUAGAGCGCCUAAUCAGCAGUGUAGGCCAGGAACGUCGUUCCGGAGCGGCUGCAGUCGAUGCUACUGCUCACCGGAUGGUAUGUCGGUUGUGUGCAGGUCCCAGCCUUGCCACGGCGUCUCUGGAACAUUACUACCAUUGCAGUCAAACUGUGGACAUAAAGAUGGAUGUAGCGGUAAUGAUCAAGUUGAUUCACAUGGAGAAAAAGGUGAAGGUGGAGGAGGUGGUGGUGGUCGAAAGGAGAAAAGUGGUGCUCUUACACUGCUGGCUGACCACCCAUGCCAGGCCGGAGAUAUUGUUUAUGAAGAUAAGUGCGUUACCUGCUAUUGUUUACUGGAUCGUGCUAGCACCUUAUGCUUAAUAAUGGAUUGUGAACCUACAGACAUUGGGUCGGGCCCUCUAGAACGCUUUGUGUUUGGCAAACCUAGCACGAGGAGCAUUCCUUUGGUGAUUAAGAGAGUGAAGUGCAGCUCGUCACCAACAGUUUUCUCGGAAGGAUGUAACUACUGCGUUUGCGAGGAUAAAAACAGCGGUCCCGUGUGCACAAACUGGCCUUGCACGGAUUCACGAAGAACUCACAGUGCUCCAAAACGAAUGAAGCGUUCACCACAGCAUUGCGAACCGUACACAGCGUAUACAAAAGACUGCAACGCUUGUUUUUGCAAUAGAAACGGCACCAACGCUGUCUGCACGAAUUUUGAGUGUAACACUGGCACACAGAGAGCUCACAGUGCUCCGAAACGAAUUAAGCGUUCACCACAGCAUUGCGAACCGUACACAGCGUAUACAAAAGACUGCAACGCUUGCUUUUGCAAUAGAAACGGCACCAACGCUGUCUGCACGAAUUUUGAGUGUAACACUGGCACACAGAGAGCUGGCGUGCCUUCAAGGCGAGUGAAACGUGCAUUGAUUUCGGCACAGUCGGCAUUGUGUCAGCCACGAACGACGUACAAGAAGAGAUGCAACACGUGUUUCUGCGAUGAGGAAGGCACUUCGGCCACGUGUACUAACUACAAAUGUGGCGCUGACGGCUUAAUAGCUUGAGUGCUGGUUACCUGUGCAGCCUUACCACCUGAGUAUGCAGUCAGCAUCGUCCCAUGCCAACAGUAGUAUUCCACAUGUCAAUUAAUAACGACAUCGACUUGUUCAAUAAUUUACACUCUGUAAUUCUUUAAUAAAAAUAAACAACUGAUAACACAGAA